AUGAGGGUUUCGACAAUUUUAUUCGCUUCGUUGGCGAUCGCCAGGGCCGAGAUUGUGCUUCAAGACAUACCUCUCCAUCCUACUGAGCUUGUGUCGAACGAAGAACCCUCAUCAUUGACACCACUGGACGCUCAGCAUGACUGGGUCUACCCCGAGACUUUACCACCCAUGCCUCAGUGCAUUGCUGAGCAGGACCAGGCGGCGUGGUUAAGUGCCAUGACAAAAUGCACAAAGAAGCAAUGCAUGCGGCACUUUGGGGUGAUCUGUAGCCGCCACCAAUGGCGCACUCAACUCAGCUGUCUAAACACUGAGAUGUCACCUCAAUUUCUUGAACAGUACAUUGAUUACUGUAGCCGUUCGGUUCUGAAAAAGGCACAACUGUACCAGUGGAUCCGCACAGCUACGGAUCGUACAUGGCUCGUUGAGGUCGGCGAUGCCAACGGGUUACAAAGGCUUUCUCCAGGUUCGUUGACAAAAGGAUAUGCAACUAUUCGUGUCAUAGACAAGGCGCCGGCAUGUCUCACUCAGUCGGUAUCCGCUUCGUCAAUGGAGCCAUUUGGACAAGUCAUGGCAUCCUGUGGUUUCGAGGCUUCUACUAGACAUACAGGGAAUGCUAAACGUCCGUGGGAGUAUCAUGAAAGACAGCAUACAAUGGUCGCUCUUGAUGCCGAGAUUGCCGGGUACGACCUAACGCAUGCCAUUAUCCCGGACAAUGAUUACUUUGACAAGCAGUGUUUCUGCAAGACAUUUGAUGCGAGUCUCGCAGAAGGCAAUUGUGCAGGGCCCGGAGUAGAUUCGACGAGACAACGGCUAUGGAUGCAUGCUACUUGCGGAUCUGCGUCACUUCCUCCCAACUGGAGGGAAGGACUCAAAACCACUCCUCACGACUACAUUCCUACUGAGAGAUGGAAGUGGCCCCAGUGCUUCAAUUCCAUGCCAGACAGCGUGGUGCGGCUCCAGGACCAAUGCACAACUAAUGCUUGCAGAGUCGGCUUCGACGGCUACUGCUAUGUCCAACGUGCGGUGGAGAGAUCAUGUUUCUGCCGCAACAUCAGCUACGGCACAUGCAAAGGAUCCUGCCACGUCUUCGAAAACCGGAUCGAUUACGUACGCUGGCUUCACGACCUAUGCGGCGCCGAGGAAGGCUGGCAUGGUUUACCAGAGGAUUGGCACCAACUAGCUAGCGUCAGUCGUCGCGAUGCGAUCCCAUGGACAUGGUACAAAGACUCAUUCAGUCUUUCAAACGACAGCACAGGCGAAACCAACCCAUCAUCCCCCAACCAAACCUGUGAAUCUAGAGAAUGGAAACAAAUGAGUCUCCUCUUCAUCAACCUCGCCGCCCUCUUCACCGCCGUCUUCGGCCCAAAACCAUCCUCCAACCCAACCACCAACCCCCUAACCAGCAUCCUCUGGUUCCCGCGCGGCAUCGCCGUAGCAGCCCUGUACCUCCUUUCCAACGCCCUCAACGCCAUGCUCAUCCAAUCCACCCCCUCCUACUCCGAAACCCCCAUGGUCGAACUCGCCCUCCUCUGGUGCACCAUCCCCCGCCUAACCUGGCUAACCAUACUCCUCGUCCUCGCCUCCCCCUACAACCGCUCCACCUUCUCCGCCGUAGCCACAGCCAUCGUAUCCGAAACCCUCCUUCAAGCCCUCUCUGCUUCCACCAUGCUCUCCACCGUAUCCUACGGCUUCACUCACAGGUUCUACGCCCCAAACACUCCCGUACUACACAACCUCCCAGCAGCAAACUACAUGUACACCGGCGCCCUAAUGUGGACAAUCGCCAUGUUCCUCUCCAUCCUCUCCUUCUUCUACAUCCUCUUCGACCCCAGCACCCUGCAUCGCUCCCCCGCUCGCUGGCGCAACACCCGAAACGCCCACCUCGCGACCUCGCUCAAACAACCCUCUGCGCAGUGCUGGACGUGGAUCGAGCAGAAAAUAGCAGAGUACUGGAUCGAUAGAGAUUGGGAUUCGGCAUUUGAACACACUCCACUGGUGCAGAGUGAGGGCUACGUGCAUGCGGUGUAUGGCGCGUUGCCGGCCAAGACGUACAGAGGGCGCAGCACGAAGAGGAGGGUGGUGAGGGCGACGCUGGUGGCCGGGGUCAGUAUGGUGUUGCUGUGGAUUGCGCAGUGGGUGUUUUGGGUUGGGUUUGUGGGGGUUGUCGAGGACGAGUUUUGUACGCCACAGCUUGGACUCUCGACUUUGACGUGGGUGGUUUCUUCCAUGGCUGCAGUUGUUGGUGUGGUGAAGUCAUAG